UAUGACCGGAGCAGCUCACUCUCUCUCUGUGAGCUGCUGUCUCACUGUUAUUCGGUACCGGCUCUCCCAUGUGUAGAUGUAGCCGGUAACCGGAGCACACAGCGGCUCUUUGCGCUCGCCUUUGUGCCAUGGAGGACUGCUGCUUCCCGGAAAGCGAAAGGAUGGAAGCGUGGCUGGACGACCACCUGGAGUUCACUCACUCCUACUUUAUCAGGAAGGCGUCAAGGGAGAUGGUGAACGCCUGGUUCUCUGAGCGUGUUCACUCCAUCCAGCAGUCUUCCUGCAAAGAAAACCCUCCACAGCAGCGGGCCCACCAGUCAUCUCUAGACUCAGGCCCCCCCUCUGCCUCCACCAUCCUCCCACCUACACUCCAGGAGAACCGCUGCCCGUCCCCCAUCCCCAGCCCGGCCCCUGGCACUCCCACCCGCAAGAUCUCAGCAUCUGAGUUCGACCGUCCGCUCAGACCCAUCGUGGUGAAAGACGCCGAGGGCUCUCUGACGUUCCUGAGCGACGCCGACCGGGAGACCGUCCCUCUGCGCGGCCCUGUGAUGGGUGAGGGUGGUGUUUGUGCGGGGGCUAAUGGUGGUGGGUGCGGCGAGGCAGGAAGUGACCGCUGCGCCAGGCUGCUGGAACUGGUGAAGGACGUGUCGAGCCAUCUGGACGUGACAGCACUCUGUCACAAGAUAUUCCUCCACAUCAACGAGCUGAUUGCUGCAGACCGCUACUCCCUGUUUCUGGUGGGCGAGGACAGCUCCAACAGGAAGUUCUUGGUCAGCCGUCUAUUCGAUGUCGCCGAGGGAUCCACGCUCGAGGAGUCCUCCAGCAGCUGUAUCCGGCUGGAGUGGAACAAGGGCAUUGUGGGACAUGUAGCGGCCACUGGACAGCUGCUCAAUAUAAAGAAUGCUUACGAGGACCCCCGGUUUAAUGCGGAAGUGGACCUGAUCACCGGAUACAAAACUCAGAGCAUCCUUUGCCUCCCCAUCAAGAACCACAGAGAUGAGGUAGUUGGAGUGGCUCAGGCCAUCAAUAAGAAAUGUGGGGAGGACAGUGCCUUCACUGAACAGGAUGAGAGGGAUUUCUCAGCCUACCUGGCAUUUUCAGGCAUCGUCCUGCACAACGCUCAGCUGUACGAGACGUCUCAGCUGGAGAACAGACGCAAUCAGGUGCUGUUAGACCUGGCCAGUCUGAUCUUUGAGGAGCAGCAGUGUCUGGAGGUUCUGCUGAGGAAGAUCGCAGGGACCAUCCUGUCCUUCAUGCAAGCCCAGGCCUGCACCGUGUUCACCGCUGAAGAGGACUCCAUGAACUCCUUCUCCAGUGUCUUUCACAUGGAAUAUGAGGAGCUGGGUGAAGUCCUGGACCCCCCCAAGAGGGACUGUGAUGUCAGUCAGAUUAACUACAUGUACGCGCAGUGUGUUAAAAACACCAUGCAGCCUCUCAACAUUGCAGACGUAACCAAGGACCAGCGCUUCCCUUGGACAAGGGAAGAUCCAGAUCACAGCAGCAACCAGAUCAAGAGUCUGCUCUGCACCCCCAUCAGGAACGGCAAGAAGGACAAAGUCAUAGGUGUCUGUCAGCUGGUGAACAAGAUGGAUGAAGCUUCCGGCAGUGUGAAGGCCUUCAACAGGAACGAUGAGCAGUUCCUGGAGGCCUUCGCCAUCUUCUGUGGUCUGGGUAUCCAGAACACACAGAUGUACGAGACAGUGGAGAGAGCCAGGGCCAAGCAGCAGGUCACUCUGGAGGUCUUGUCAUAUCACGCCUCUGCCGCAGAGGAAGAGUCGCGGGAACUCCAGGUAACCGCGGGAGCCACAGUGCCGUCAGCCCAGUCAUUGCGUCUCAUGGACUUCAGCUUCAGUGACUUUGAUUUGUCGGACACGGAAACCACGAUGGCUACUAUCCGGAUGUUUGUCGACCUCAAUCUGGUCCAAAACUUCCAGAUGAAGUACACAAGUUUAUGCCAUUGGAUCCUGAGUGUGAAGAAGAACUACAGGAAGAAUGUGGCCUAUCACAACUGGAGACAUGCCUUCAACACCGCGCAGACCAUGUUCACCCUGCUGAAGUCAGGACGCCUGCAGAAUAAACUGAAUGACCUGGAGGUCUUGGCUUUGAUGAUUGCAGCUCUAAGCCACGAUCUGGACCACAGAGGAGUCAACAACUCCUACAUACAGAGGAGCGAGCACCCGCUGGCCCAGCUCUACUGCCACUCCACCAUGGAGCAUCACCACUUCGACCAGUGCCUCAUGAUCCUCAACAGCUCUGGAAACCAGAUCCUGAGCGCUCUCUCUCUGGACGAGUACAAGGCCACUCUGAAGAUGAUCGAGAGGGCUAUUCUGGCCACUGACCUGGCUCUGUACAUGAAAAGGCGUGGUGAAUUCUUUGAGCUCACUAAGAACAGCCAGUUUGUUUGGGAGGACGAACAUCACAGAGACUUACUGAGGUCAAUGCUGAUGACUGCGUGUGACAUCUCAGCCAUCACCAAGCCCUGGCCCGUGCAGAAAAGGAUUGCCGAGCUGGUAGCAACCGAGUUCUUCGAGCAGGGGGAUAAGGAGAGGCGGGAGCUGAACGUUGAACCCAUCGACCUGAUGAAUCGGGAGAAAAGAGAUAAGAUUCCCAGCAUGCAGGUGUCCUUCAUUGAUGCCAUCUGCACUCAGUUAUAUGAGACCUUGUCUGGCAUGUCAGAGUAUUGCUCCCCGUUGUUGGAAGGAUGUCAGAAGAACAGGCAGCAUUGGAAGUGUUUGGCCGAGGAGUGUGAGAAGGGGCUGGGUAAUGGCUUCAUGUGAUCCCAACACAAGUUGGAUUUUCAGCCAACUUUAAUGUCCAUUGUUUUCCAUAUCCAACCUGGUCUCACAAAAUGUCAUGAAAUUAGCAUGAUAUCUAAACGGACAAAUAAGAUUUGUUGUGUACUUUAAGUAGUUAAAAAGGUUAUCCCAACUUUGACCAAGAGUUUUUCUAAAUUAAGAAUAAUUCCAGUUAGCUUUGAUCUUACUUUCAUAGGUUUGCCCACCUUUCCUAUUUGUAAUGAUAAGGUUGCUUUCAAUAAACCUUACAAUAAGACUAAUAGUCAGGGACAGCAGAGCUUGAGUUGAAUUCUAACACAAGCAGGCUAGCAGAUGCACGAGGACAAAUGCUCUUAUGCUGACGUUUAGCGCAUAGUGUUGCGGUAAUGUCUAAUGUUUCCUUAUUAACAGCUCAUAAACAGCUAAUUAGCACUACAGCUAAUGAUGAGGGGAAUGUCAUUCGUUUUCCUAGCCUCUACUCAUUAAUUAAAGUAUUGCUUCAGGAAGCGGAUCACCAAACUCAUUAGAAUUAGUCCUCUUGGAACAAUAAAUGUCUGUAAAAAUGUCAUUGCAAUCCAUCUAGCAGAUGUUGAGAUACUUCACUAAGUACUGAAGGAAGGUUUUAAGGUUUUAAUGGUUUUGCACAAUUUAUUGAUAUGCAAACAUCACAGAAAACCAAUGACUAUGUGCAGGAAGAGGCAAAAAAAACCAACUUGGGCUUAUUUAAAGCCUCUGCCUAAACAUUGUUAAACAUCUAAAUGUUAUAUAAAACACAAGAUCAAUAUAGGCCUACCAACAAUUAGUUAAUUCAAUGAAAAUGUCAAACAGUUUGAACAACAUGUACUAUACUUACAAUUUUAACAAAAUAACAUUAUGAAACCAGGCAUUAUACAGGGGUCUUCUUAGGUGUUUUUUAAAAGCACAGCUUUUGUUAUGGUUGGAAGGCCAUCGCAGAUCUUUGUGACGCUGACACGGGUGGUAAAUUAAGUCAGACAUUUGGGAGGGCCAUCCAGGCUAAAGCCAAGGUUCCUUUGCCAUUUGAAAUUGGUGUGGUCAGCUAACCUAGCAGGCUAUGUUGUUAGCUAACCGUGAGGCUAACAAAGCUCUGUGUAAAUAAAUGAGUUUGGAUGAUCUGGCUAAGCUUGUUUACAAUAUUUCUGGCCCUGCCUGAUACUAUACCGAGAUGUUAGCGAUAACUUUAGUUAGUACGUGUCAAAGUAGGACCGAAUUUGCCAUAUCAAUAACAUAAAACCUUACAAAUUGAUAAAGUAUCUUAAGCUAACUGUUAGCCUGCUGUUUCACAAACAGGUAGGAUCCUUGUUUCAGAGGUCAUGCUAAUUGUAGUGAAACUUUGUGAGACUCGUCUUCCUCUCAUCACCGUUCUUUCAUGGCUGUCACUACAGAACUUAACAGUCAGCACUAAGCUAUAUUUAUUACAGUAGCCUUUUUUUAUUUUUGCACAGAGUGACUGUCAAGUUGAAGUCUCACUUACGUUAUCUCUCACAGGUAGUAUAUUUUAGGGAAACACUGAUAGGUGAUACGGAUCUGUGGGGAUCCGCACCAGUUUGGUGGAGACAGAUAUUGUACUGUAGACAUAUGUACAUAAUAUACAUUACAUAGUGUCACAAUAAUCUGAGAAACUUCUUAAGUGUGUCUUCAUUCACAGCACUACAAGGGUUUGAGUCUUGUAAUGUUUUUUUCACUCAUCGUCUUAGCUAUUGUGUAUUUAUUUUUGUUUUAUGUAUUUAUUAGAGUUUCUAUACUGUACGGUCAGUCUUUUAUCAACAGCACACAAUUCUUUAUAUAGUAAAAAGCAGAAUUUAUACUUCACAUUUCUGCAUUUUUGAAGUACCUUUCUUAGGAUGAACUCUUUCAGAUGCCUUUUGGAUGUGUAGUGUUUUGUAUUGUUGUUUCAAAGAAAAGGCUUGUCAUUUCUAAAGGGAAACAGCUCAACGUUUUCCACUGCCGUUAUGAUAAAAAAGGAGCAAUUCACAAUUCAAAGAAAACAGUUAUCUCUGCACCCGUUAUGGCAUUUCCACUAUAUGAGGAAUGUUUGUUUUAUAUUUUUAGGAAUUGAAAGAUGGAGCAAUGUUUGUCUAUGAGAACAUGACUGAAAACCAACCAAUGCGAUUGUGUCAUCUAGUCCGGUACACUUUAUUGUUUAACAGAGUCCUCUGUCCUCUAUCAGGUUGAAAUGAAUCUUACUCAAGCUUGUCUUAAAUUGAUAUACAAGAAAUGUAACACAUGGGCUUACAACUAACUGUGCUGUUUCUACCAACAGUCAAAGCUCCACCAGGCUCCGUUUCUUUCUGGCAGACAGAGAAUGUGACAGUAAUUGUUGUUGAACUACCAGCUCUACAUCACCUGUGUCAGCUACACUGAGCAGUGGACCGUCACACACUAUGAAACCUGCGUGAGAUUUAAAUAUGCUAGGAAGCAGGUUAUUUGAGGGUGUAGUUAACCUUUAACCUCACUCUGGACAGAGUUGCAUUCCUGAAGCUCAGUUAAACAGCAUCAUUUCAAGUUAAAGUAACUAAAAAGUUUCAUUAAGGUCAAGCAGGGGGGUGCCCAGUGCAGCGUGGCGGCCCAGGCCGUUAUACAGUAUAGGUAGUAUCCGUAGACUCAGUAACACCCAGGCAGGUUUCAUUAACAGCCCUGUCUUUACUAAAGCACUUUUGUAAACCCAUGCUCCGAAGGAUCGUUUUGUAUCUUGAAUAUCUCCAGGACUUUAGUACAUGUGCCUGACCUCUGUGCUUCUUCUAUACUAAAUAUCUAUUUCCUUACCGCUUCAGUCUCUGGGUUGUUCCGGGAGAUGUUUUUUUCUAAGUCUCAAAGUUGCAUGUACAUUAGAGGGCAUUACACCAGUCAGAUGUUUUUUAGAGAUUUGUCUUCUGCAGGUGAGACUAAUAUGCUGACCUGGUACCUUUCUAAAGGAGGUGUUCCACACCUGCACCUGUCGCCACCACUGAACACUGUGAGCCAAGUAAAUUGUAUGUCCCAAUAAAGAAUAAUGAUUA